AUGACCUUGUUUGACCCCUUGGGGUUGCUUUCAACGUUCAUCAUACACGGUAAGGUCUUAAUCCAAGAUAUAUGGCGAAAGCAAACGGAAUGGGACGAGCAAGUCAGCGAAGAUGUUUACAAGAAGUGGCAGAAGUGGGUGAAGAUGAUCCAGUACAUCGCCGAAAUACGUAUCCCGAGAUGCUACUUCCAACACGCCAGUCAGGAAACAUAUCGCAACUCCGAGCUGCAUGUUUUUGUCGACGCCAGCGAGGUGGCGUAUUCUUGUGCGAUCUACCUACGCACAUUCAGCAACAGUGGCGAUCCGCAAUGCUGUCUAAUAGCCGCGAAAUCAAAGGUAGCUCCAUUGAACUCAUGGUCGGUUCCAAGAUUGGAACUGCAAGGAUGCGUCCUGGGCUGGGUACCUACGCAUUCCAAUCCAGCGGACGAAGCAACUAAAUGGGGAAGCGGUCCAUACUUCAACAGCAACAGUAACUGGUUCCACGGACCUGAUUUCUUGCGACUUCCAGAAAACGACUGGCCGCGUUCCAAAAGAUCGGAACGCGCCACCACCACAGAAAUGCGAGCUUCAGUUCUCCACCAUUUUACGUUCACGCCAGUGAUCGAUUUUGAGCGUUUCUCCCUUUGGGAUCGACUUCUACGUGCAACAGCAUACGUUCGACGAUUCCUGCACAAUACGAUCAAGAAACAGGCAAGAUACGUUGGACGACUGUCGCAAGCAGAAUUACAGACAGCGGAAAGAACAAUCUUCAAGCUGGUACAAAUCGACUCUUAUCCAGACGAGAUCGCCGUAUUAUCGAACAGAGCUCCGAACGAAACUGAUCAACAAACUAUCGGGAAACAGAGCUCCAUCUUCCGACUGAUGCCUAUGUUGGACAACAAUGGCCUGCUGCGCGAGCGCAGUAGAAUCGGCGCAGUAGAAGGAGUCUGCUACGAAGUACGUCAUCCUGUUAUUCUUCCAAGAGGUCAUCGUGUCACAAAUCUUCUGUUGCACCACUAUCACCAACAAUACCGUCAUUGCAAUCCGGAGACCGUAGUUAACGAGCUUCGUCAGCUGUAUACUAUUCCAAGACUCCGCCUGGAAGUUAGACGAGUUAGCCCUGACUGCCCAACCUGCAAAGUCCGUCGAGCAAAACCAACAAUCCCACCGAUGGCUCCUCUUCCGCCUGCGCGUCUAGCGCACCAUGAACGAGCCUUCACCUACACAGGGGUAGAUUACUUCGGUCCGCUAUCGGUCAAGCUGGGUAGAUCUAAUGACGCCGAGGUCCACCCGCCGAAUUCUUCAGUGACAACGGAACGAACAGAAUUUAGCCAGGGACUGUCCGACACCUUCACCAGUACCAGCACAAAGUGGAACUUCAUUCCGCCAGGAGCACCACACAUGGGUGGAGCAUGGGAACGCUUGGUGCAGUCAGUAAAAGCAGCCAUGGCCGAAGCGUACUCUGAAGGGAAACUUGACGAUGAGGGGCUGCAGACACUGGUCGUGGAGGCUGAACGUAUGGUGAACUCAAGGCCUCUGACGUAUUUGCCCCUUGAGUCUGAGGAGACCGGGGCACUCACACCCAACCACUUUUUGGUGUUGAGCUCAAACGGGGUAAAACCACAAAGAGAAGGAAUCAUCGAUGCAAGCCGUGUUCAUCAGUCUAGUGAAUUAGUCCGUCGAGAAAUCCUAGGAAGGUCCUGGGAACUGACCAAACGCCAGCUGGACGUUUCUGGAAUCGCUGGCUGA